AAAGAAGAAAAGCGAAAUCAUUUUUUGACCUUAAAAUAAUUCAAAAUAUCUCUUUCGCUGUCUACUCCGGUCACUGUUUGCUUUUUUAUAUAAUUGUUAUUAUAUAAUAUAUUAUAAUCCCAUUGGAGAAGGGAAAGAAAGGGAAUCUCCUUCUCCUCCUCCACCUCCUCGUCUGCCUCAUCUUCUCGUUCUUUCUAGUGUUUAAUUUUUCUUUGUUUUGGAAUAUCUAGAUGUUUGUUUCUCUGUCCAGAAUUUGCAGGUUAAGAUCUGCAAUCAGAUGCUGUAAAUCCCUCUGAUUCCAGAUUUGGGUGAUAUCAACUGGGUUGGUAAUAGAUUUUGGUAGGGUUUGGAGGAAUUGAAUUAAUUUGAUAAGAGACCUGGGAUUGAGCAAUUUUGUUACUGUCGGCUGGUUCCCUUUUAUUGAGUCCAAGGAAUGUCGCUGCUGCUAAAAGGCGAUUCUAUCCAGAUUCGCGAGGUGUGGAAUGACAAUCUUGAAGAAGAAUUUGCUCUUAUCCGUGAAAUUGUUGAUGAUUUUCCAUAUAUAGCUAUGGACACGGAGUUCCCAGGCAUCGUCUUGCGCCCUGUGGGCAAUUUUAAGAAUAGCAAUGACUACCAUUAUCAGACCUUGAAGGAUAACGUUGACAUGUUGAAGAUGAUUCAAUUGGGUCUUACAUUUUCAGAUGAGCAAGGGAAUUUACCCACAUGUGGAACUGGCAAGUUUUGCAUUUGGCAGUUCAAUUUUCGUGAAUUCAAUGUGAAUGAGGAUGUGUUUGCAAACGACUCAAUUGAACUUUUGCGCCAAAGUGGGAUUGAUUUUAAGAAGAAUAAUGAGAAUGGUAUCGAUGCAAUGCAAUUUGGUGAGCUCUUGAUGUCAUCAGGGAUUGUAUUGAAUGACAGCGUACAUUGGGUGACUUUCCACAGUGGCUAUGAUUUUGGCUACUUGCUCAAGCUCUUGACAUGCCAGAAUUUGCCUGACACACAAGUGGGAUUCUUUAACUUGAUCAAUAUGUACUUCCCAACCCUAUAUGAUAUCAAGCAUUUGAUGAAGUUUUGCAAUAGUCUUCACGGCGGGUUGAACAAGCUUGCAGAACUGUUGGAAGUGGAGAGAGUUGGGAUAUGCCAUCAAGCAGGUUCUGAUAGUUUGCUCACAGCUUGUACAUUCAGGAAAUUAAAGGAGAAUUUCUUUAGUGGCUCCUUGGAAAAGUAUGCCGGUGUGUUAUAUGGUUUAGGUGUUGAGAAUGGACAGAAUACUCAUUGACUAUAAAAAAAAAAAAAAUUCUAAAAAAAAUUAUGAUUAGAAAGGUGCACAUUCAAUAGUAUUUGUGUGCUAGACAGCCGCAAGUUAUGUACACUUUUGUUAUGAAGCUUCCUUAAUUUAUGAAUAUUUUCAUAUUUUUACUA